AUGGCAGACGAUGGGGAAAGUUUGUCCCCGGCGUCGACAAUUGGGCCGCGGUCUGCUGCUGAAACCGUCUUGUUUACCUUUGUGCCGGUAGCUGGAAGUAUCAGCUACGAAAUAUUUUCAGCCAACAUCACGAAUCCCGGGCAGUUUAUCAAGUUGUUCAGCCCAUUUGAACUGAUAGUUGCCAACGGGUUGUGGUUCAAUUCACACCUUGGGGUCGGCCUUUAUAUCUUCAGUAGAAAACAUAUAGCAACUGCCUCUGUGCCAUACAGAGUGCUGUACAGUGCCUUAGGCUCUGUCAUCUUCAACUUUGGCUCUGUCCUUCUCUGGGCCACCGGUAAGGCUGUCUUACCACCACACCCACCCACCAGAGUGGCUUUUGGAGCUCUCUCUGGUCUGGUUUUUCUCUCUCUGGGCUACAGCUAUUUUCGCUUUGUUGAUGCCUUAUGCCUAAGAUGUCUGCCUUUUAAUGGUCGUGUUGUGGAUACUGUAGAGGAAGAAGUGGACUGA